UAUCUACUACUACUAACAUAUUAUUUACCAAUCCACUUUCUGUUGUGUCCACGUCAACUUGCACGUACACCUCGCUCCACUCUUUCUUUCUAUUCUUUUUUUUUCCUUUUCCAUUUUGAGAUAUCUUCCUCCCCAAGGACCGUUAUCUUCAGUCCUCAUCAUUCACCAAGCGCCUUGGAUUGCGCCGUCUUUUCAAUCUCCAGUAUGGAUUACCAGCAAUAUUUCUCCCAGAGUGAAGUCGAUCUUGGCGGCGCCAUUCAUCACGCCGCCGACCAUACUUAUCCUCUGUAUGAGCAUCUAGGAGCUUACCCCAAAAAGGGGUCCAACAGAGCUGGGCACCCCACAGGAAAGUCUGAAAUCUCCUUCUCAAGGAAGGGUGGUCCGAAUAAGAAGGUAUUUGGGUUAGAUCCAAGAGUUGAAGAAAUCGAUUCGGUCGUCCUCCAUGAUCUUCACUGGUGGACAUCGGAUAGAGAUCUGGUGGAAUUAUGCGCUCAAUUGGGUGUCGUCAUUGAGGAGAAAGACAUAUUAUUCAUGGAACAUAAGGUUAACGGGAAAAGCAAAGGGCAAGCGGUGUUGAACUGCCAUAGCAAGGAGAAUUCUUUGAAGGUGAACGAAUGGUUACAAUGCAAUGCAUUUCAAGGAAAGAAAGUCAUUUCGACUCUAGCUGCAUCGAUCAUGGGCAAUCCGUUUCAUCCAAACAAUCAAGAUUUCCCUGCCCCACGACCUUUGAGUUCAGCUAUCCAUAACACAAUGGGUCAACCUACGAACUCACAUGGAGGUGUUAACUUCAAUCGAGUCAACAAGUCUCUUCGUAUCAGCCAUCAAGCCGGUCUCGGAAACGGGAGGCCUAUGGAUGUAAGGCAGAAUGUCAAUCUUCAACCAUCUCAAGCCAAUCAUCAGCCUCAAAUGCCAUUGCAAGCUCAUAACCAAAUCAAUAUGGCGAGUUUGCCACUACCCAACCAGAGUAUGAUGAUGGGCAUGUUCCCUAUGGAUCCGUCUGUCUCUUGGCCUACCCCUAUGGAUUUCCCUCUUCCGGAAUACUCCUCCUUCAAAUCAGGACCACACCUUUCGUCCCCAGGUUAUCUAAUGAACGGCAUGUUGCACACAGGUGUAUAAAGUAGGUUUUCCGGAAGACUCCUUACUUGAAAAGCUGGCGGUUGCGGCAAAAGAUAAUUGUGAUACCUCCAUAUAUUAUUGUAUAUCACUCUGCGUACUUCCUCUGUCUAUAUCCUGCGAGUCUUUGUCGUUCUAAUUCCUAAUGUUAUCAAGAUUUCAGUCGUAAAUUAUGAAAAAGACAUCCAUGCUUUGGA